CUCCUGUUGGCAGCCUGGUUGGGAACCGUUGGUCCUGCCGGGUGGCUGUGAUGCUCGGUGGACUCCUCUCCUCCUGUGGACUGCUCCUCAGCUCCUUCAGCACCAGUCUGGAACUCCUCUACCUCAACAUGGGAGUCCUCACAGGUCUGGGCUUCGCUCUGUGUUACACCCCGGCCAUCGCCAUGGUCGGCUGUUACUUCCAGCGGCGGAAGGCGUUGGCGUACGGGAUCGCCAUGUCGGGCAGUGGGAUCGGCACCUUCGUGUUGGCGCCGCUGGUGCAGCUGCUCAUCGAGGUGUACUCGUGGAGGGGGGCGCUGCUCGUCCUCAGCGCCUUCGUCGCCAACCUCUGCGUGUGCGGGGCGCUGCUCCGACCGAUCCCGCUGCAGCAGGACGAAGACGAGGCGAAGGAAGAGGACGGAGACGAGAAGCUUAGUGAGGACGCCGAGCUCGCAGUAAAACUAUCCAAAGAAUCAGAGGACAGCCUUUUGUCAUCGCAGCUGCAAAGGAGGCGGUGCUUCGGCUCCGGCUUCCUGUCCAGUAAGGAGUACCGGUUCCUGCUGCUGCCGGACUUUCUGGGUCUUGCCGUGUCCUUCCUGUUUCUGGCCAGCGGCUGCAGCCUCCCCUUCGUCUACCUGGUGCCCUACGCUCUGAGUGUCGGGGUCUGCCACCAGCAGGCCGCCUUCCUCAUGUCCAUCCUGGGAGUCAUCGACAUCGUGGGCAACAUCACCUUCGGCUGGCUGACGGACCGCAGGUGUUUGAAGCCGUACCGUCUGGCGUGUUACGUCUUCUCGGUGGGGAUGGAGGGUCUCUGCUGCCUCCUCGUGCCGCUGCUUCGGUCCUUCCCGCUCCUCGUGCCCUUCGGCGUCCUCUACGGGUACUUUGACGGCGCUUAUGUGGCGCUGAUCCCCGUGGUGACGUCGGACCUGGUGGGAGCUCCGUACCUGUCAUCGGCGCUGGGCGUGGUCUACUUCCUCCACGCCAUCCCCUACCUCAUCAGCCCGCCAAUCGGAGGUUGGCUGGUCGACGUCACAGGAAGUUACACGGGCACCUUCUUCCUCAGUGGUGCCGCCAUGCUGGCCAGCUCCCUCGUCCUCUCCACCGUCUUUGGGAUACGGAGUUGCCGCCGUCGGCUGUCCGCCGUCGCCAAGGACGCCAAGUGCAAACCCCUCCCCGCCAUCCUGUCCAACCAAUCCGAGUGCUUCAUCGCUUUCAACAAGGAGGCCGUCAGUCAGACCGCCGCCUCGUAGCCUCAGAGGGAGCAACCAAUCGAGGGCUGUGAUUGGCCGAGGCAGAGUCUGCUGAAGGCCAGUGGAAUCAACACUGUGACAAACUCUGUGCUUUUAUUUUGUAGCGACGGGAGAGAAGGCCAAACUUCCUGUCUGGAGAAUUGUUUGUUUUAAGGCUCGUCGUCAGCUCGGUCACAUGACAGCGACGGACAUCCGGGAUUAUACAGACGGCUGCUCGUGUUCUCAAACAGGAAGUGAACUUUCAGUUUAAGAGCUGAAACUGAGUCGCUCACUGGUCGAGCUACAGUGUGAAUGAAUCAGCUGUUUAAUAAAGCGGCUGUAAAUAUAAUUAAAUAUAAUUUAAUAUCAGUGGAUUUCAGUGAAGCUGCUCUUUAGUGCCUUUAUUCAGGGAAUCAACUGUUCAAUACCAAAACAGACUCUUCCUAAGCCCCGCCCCUUUUUGCACCGUGCUCCAGUUGAGUACUCCUCGGUCAAAUUACUGCUAUAUGCUACAUGCUAAGCUAAUCUAUGUUGAAAAGACAACCACAUUUUGAAAAUGUUUAAAAGAUAAAAGAAACAAAUAGUCACAUCUUAUGUUAGCUAAUGUUAGUGAGCUGAUGACGGAUAGCAGUUAUUUUUUAUCUUUAUCUUAGCGUGUUGCUAACGUUAACUAUCAGAUGGUUUUUAGCUAUCUAACGAUUUAGUUAAUUAAUCGUCAGUUUGAUAAAGUUAAAAGCUAACGACGAACUUUUACCAAUUAGCUAACUUACAAUCGAUGUAGCAUAGCAUUUAGCUAACAUUAGUUAACACUGAAUGUAGAUUAUCUAAUGAGUUAGCUCGUGUUUAUCUAACGGGGCGGGACUUAGGAAGUGAAGCUGAAAUGAUUAGUCGAUUAAUUGAUCAACAGAAUAUUAAUUGUAAUCUGUUUUUAUAAUUGAUCAAUCGUUAUUUGUGCCAAAAGUUUCAACUGAAAAUGUGAAUAUUUUAUGUUUUUCUGUGUUUAAUUUCACAGUGAACUGAAUAUCUUGACUCACUGUGAUGGGCAUUUUUCUUAAUUGUUACAAUUUUAUACCUCAAAUGAUUGAUUGAUUGAGAAAAUAAUAGUUAGCUGCAGCGUUUCAGAGGCUUGUUAAUUAACUGCUUCAGUCAGAAAAAGGAAACUAAUUACUGAUUAAUUAAAUCAACAUUGAUCCUCUGAAGACCGUGGAGCUGUGGUCUACGGAAGAUUUAAAAUGCCAAAAUAAAAACAAAUCAAGGAAAUAAAGUAAAAAUAUAAUACGUUUUAUAUGUAUUUUAUCUUGUGUUAACUGUGCUGUAGUAAAUAAAAAAUAGCUUUGUCUUAAUUAACUGAAUUAAUUGUGUUUACACCCAGAAAACAAAGAUGUGUAUAUUAAUUAUAAAAAACAACAACAAACGUUAAAGAAAUCAAACAUGUUUUAUGUUCAGUGUCUGUAACGGAGGCUGCUGCUCAGUCAGUUAUUGAUCUGUCAGUCAGUUACUGGAGGUAUUGAUUAACACACUGGUCAGCAGCCUGUUAUAAUGUAUCUGAGUUAAAAACGUGUUUGUAUUCAGGUUCACUUAAACAUCCAGUAAAUAUCAAAAAAUCUUCCUGUAAAAGUAAAAAAAAAAAGUCACGUUGCUGUUUGAAGAAUUUUAAUGUGUUUUUAAUCCUUCUGAGGUUUGGACACUUUUGCUUCGUGCUCCAAUCACAGUUGAGGAAACCUCGUCAACUUCCUCCUUUCCUGUACUUAGAGAUGCUACGUGCUAGGCUAAUCUACGUUGAUAAAACACAUUAUGAAGCUGCUUAAAAGAUAAAAGAGACAUUUAUAAAGUUUCAGCUUAAGUUAGUUAAAGUUAGCGAACUGACAGCUAAUGUUAGCUAGUAUUGAUCUUUUUAUUUGAGUGUUUUUCUGACAGCAGUUGUCAGGUGUAAUUCAAGGAUAAAGAUAGUUAAUCUGAAAGUAGUUAGCUCGACAUUUACAUCUGAAUGUUGCUAAUUAGCUCACUGAAGAUGUAAACCUUAAACAACAAAACUCACAUUUAUAUCUUUAUGUUUAAAGUGUGAGCAGGAAUACGGAGGCCUGAACAUGUGAAACAACUCACUGGGAUCAUUUUAAUAUAUUUUAUAUAAACAAGCUGUAUUUCUGUUUGUUUAAAUAAAGUUUCAUUUGGAUUUUAAA